CGCCCGCCCGCCGCCGCUGCUCCCGCGCCUCCAUUCGGCUCCGCCGCCGCCCGCCGAGGAGGGGACAGCGACAGUCGGGAGCACGGGAGAGGGACGCACCCUCCCCCGCCGCCAACCCGUUUCCUCCUCCUUCUCCUCCACCUCCUCCCCCGCCUCCGCCUCCGCCUCCCGGCCGGGAAGAGCUCGCCGUGCCCGCUGCAGCCCCGCUGGAUGCACUGAGCGCUCGGGCGCGGGGAGAGAGGGGCAGGAGGGAGCCGGGAGCCCCGCCGCGGAGGCGCUGUGCUACCCGGAGCCUCACGGCCAUUUGCUUUAAUUCUUUUAUUGCCCCCCGGCUGCCUCCUCCUUUCUGCCCGCGGGAGCCAGCCGAGGCGGCGGGGGCUGCAUCCCCCCUCCCCCUUUUUUUUUUUUUUCAUUUUUUUUUUUAAAUUUUCAUCGCCGCCAUGGGAUGUACCCUGAGUGCUGAGGAAAGAGCCGCCCUGGAGCGGAGCAAGGCCAUCGAGAAGAACCUGAAGGAAGACGGGAUCAGCGCGGCCAAAGAUGUGAAACUACUCCUGCUCGGAGCCGGAGAGUCGGGAAAAAGCACCAUCGUGAAGCAAAUGAAGAUCAUCCAUGAGGAUGGCUUCUCUGGAGAAGACGUGAAGCAGUACAAGCCAGUGGUCUACAGCAACACUAUCCAGUCCCUGGCUGCCAUUGUCCGUGCCAUGGACACCCUGGGCAUCGAGUACGGCGACAAGGAGCGACGGGCUGAUGCCAAGAUGGUCUGCGAUGUCGUAAGUCGGAUGGAGGACACAGAGCCCUUCUCCCCAGAGCUGCUGUCAGCUAUGAUGAGGCUCUGGGCAGACUCUGGGAUCCAGGAAUGCUUCAACCGGUCCCGGGAAUAUCAGCUCAACGACUCAGCCCAAUACUACCUAGACAGCUUAGAUCGAAUUGGAGCUGCAGACUACCAGCCCACGGAGCAGGAUAUCCUCCGAACCAGGGUCAAAACAACUGGCAUCGUAGAAACCCAUUUCACAUUCAAAAACCUCCACUUCAGGCUCUUCGAUGUCGGGGGCCAGCGGUCAGAGCGCAAGAAGUGGAUCCACUGCUUUGAGGACGUCACAGCGAUCAUCUUCUGCGUGGCGCUCAGUGGCUACGACCAGGUGCUCCAUGAAGACGAAACCACGAACCGCAUGCACGAGUCUCUGAAGCUUUUUGACAGCAUCUGCAAUAACAAGUGGUUCACAGAUACAUCUAUCAUCCUGUUUCUAAACAAGAAGGACAUAUUUGAGGAAAAAAUUAAGAAAUCUCCACUGAGUAUCUGCUUUCCUGAGUACACAGGCCCCAACGCUUUCACGGAGGGGGUGGCGUACAUCCAGAGCCAGUACGAGAGCAAGAACAAGUCGGCCAACAAGGAGAUCUACACUCACAUCACCUGCGCCACCGACACCAACAACAUCCAGUUCGUGUUCGACGCCGUCACGGACGUCAUCAUCGCCAACAACCUGCGGGGGUGUGGACUCUACUGAAGGCCCUCCUCCUCCUCUUCCUCCUCCUCCUCCUCCUCCUCCUCUCCUGGAACCGCCCGGAGCAUCCUCCGCUCCCGCGGACAGGUCCUCCCUUUCCUUGGUUUUUCCUCCUCAGAAGAUGACAAGGAAGAAAUGCAUAAUUCCCUCCUCCUGUCCCAGAAAACUCUGCAGCAGCAAGUUCUGCUUUCCCCAGACCCAUUUUAUUUUAUUUUGGUUCAUUUUUUGGUUCAUUCCCUUGCUGCCCCAUUCUACUCCUCCGUUCCAAUUCACAGUGUUGUGCAGGGAGCUAACGCAUUUCCCACGAAGUGCAUUUCAACUGCCAAAAGACAAAAAUACUUCAGUUUUAAAGAGAGAAAAAAAAUCAAAGCCUUAAAAUACUGGUCAGGAACAGUGUAGUUUGGAACCAAAAUUUCUAUUUUGCCUUGAAAAUUAAGGGAUAUUGUUCAUUCUCCUGGUUAUUUGCCUUUUUUAAAAAACGCUACUCCUUUGGGAAGUGCUAAAUACAACCUGACCAUUUUGAGGGUACCUUACAGCUCCAGUUCUGACCCCAAAGCUGGAGGGUUUGGUGUUAAAUGCAGCUACCAUAGCUUGGAUUUGUACAUUCUCCUUUUUUCCAGACAGCUAUUUGAACAAGUAAAACAGCCAUAUCGAGUUCUGCUGGUGUCUGAGUAACAGGGACACAGUAACAAAGCCUACUAAGCCUUGUCUAAAAGCAUUCAUUACUGGUAGCAGUUUUACCUCAAGUUUUUCAAAAUUAAUGAUAAAAUUUAUCUAGUGGUUGCUGUAACCCAUUUCUGAGGCACUUCCAUGGGGGCCAUGGAGGCACUGGGCUGGGAUCUCUGGAGUGUAGGCAGUGAAGAUGCCCCAGGAAUGGUGUCCUGAUGGAGACUCAACACUCAGCGGCAUCCUGACAAGGAAUCCAGCCUGGGGACCUUUCCCACAGCACCUCCCAGCCUUAGUGAUUCAGCAGAGGUGGUGCUCCUGCAAACACACAGCAUCACUUUCCAAACUUCAGCCUUGAAAUGCUGAGGAGCACAAAAAAUAUUUAGCCCUGUCUUCUUGUAGGCAGAGUCUGAAUAUCAAGUGCCUGAGAUGGGAAAGGUGCUUUGGGAAAGCUCCCCGUGCUUGGGCAGCAGCAAAGUGUGCAAGAACCUCGUGGCCCUUCACUGCCCCUUGGGCAUCUGAACCCCUUGAGAAGCACAGCCUGGUGCUCUGAGCCUCCUUGGCUAAGCACAAGCCAGUGGCUUUCCUGUGUCACCUCCUGCCUGAGCAUCCCAGAGACAGCUCCAGGGCUGGUGUCUCCGGUCAGGGCAUCUCUACCAGGAUUGAGAUGGAUGGUUAACACUGGCAAAGGAGAGCAAGUGAUGGAGUAGGAAGGAAAAGUGCAAGGAAAGGAAGAAGGAAGGAGAGGAGUGAGAAGGAUGAGGGUAGCACCCAGAACAGCAAAACUGGGGGCUCAGAGAGGACAAAUGCAGGUGGGCUGAGGUAUGUGUGGCCACCACCAUAACUCAGGGUGCUGAACUCUGGGUGCUGCUGAGUCAAAGGCAGAAGGGAAUGUGACACAUGGGGUGUCACCUCUAGGGACAUGCAGGGACUCUUAGAAGUCCACCCCAAAAUCUUGUUAUUUGUCUGGGUGAGACAACCACCUCUGAGGUCCCUCCCACUCAGGGCCCACCUCACCUGGGGGCAGGUGGGCAGUGUUGAUCCAUCCCUGCCUCUUCUCUGCCUCUCUUAGAAGUCCAUUAUCUUGAAAAACAUGAAUCUUUGCAGGCUGGCCAGAAGUUCAACUGUCCCCUCUUGAUCUAGAAGUGUCUUUCAGGUCUCAGGAGGUCUCCUCAGGGCUGUGGUUGAGAGGGACAAUAUCUCUUCUCACUGUGCCCAUUUAGGAGAGAGGCUGUGAGAGCAGCCCCGAGCAGCACAGCCCGAAGGGGAGGGGCCAGGUGAGAGUCAGUGUGCAGGAGGCAGUGACAGGAACACAUAUGGUGGCACAGCAGGGAGAGGACAGGGGGAGAGGCUUAGGGAUGUUUUGAGAGACAAGCUGCAGAAGGGAGAUGAGGCAGAUUGAGACAGCAGGAAGGAUGGGAAGAGAAGGGCACCUGGGAGCCAGAGUCCCCAUCAGGGGCUGUGAUCUGCCAGGACAGUAUUUGUGGGGCAUUUGUGACAAAUCCCCAGCCAGGAUGGGAGCAAGCAGAGAAGGCCUGCAGAGGAAAAUGAGGUGUCUGUCACCCAUCCAACCAGCUACAGCCCAGCAUAGCAGGUAACUGCCAGUAACCCCUAGAGAGCAUUAAAUGAUGCAUUUGCUAUUGUGCAGCAAGGACCUGCUGUGCUGGGCACUAACAGCAAUAACACAACUCCCUGCCUCCCCUGCUCCAGCACAAGCCAGCACCCACCUUUCUCUUCACCAUCCCAGCCUUAAAAUGCCUCCAAUGACAUCAGCUCCUGCUAAGAGCUGGCCAAAACCAGGAGCUCCUCCCUGCUCCUCUCAUGCCACAGCCCACCCACACAUCUGUCUGAGCCCCAGCAGGAACAUCCAGCAUCCAUGUGGGUGUUGUGUCAAAUCAGGGCAGGAAAACUACACAUUGGUUACAUUUGGUACCUAAACUGUGUAACCACUGGGCCCAGAGUGAUGAUGGCUGGUGCUGGCAGAGAUGCAGGUCUUUUAUUAAGCUCUGUAAAAAGAGUUUGGAGUUUUGGAGAUGUUCUGUUCCCACCCCUUGCUGUGAAUGAUGUUUUAGCCAAGCAAAUAAGUAACAGAAGCUGUUCCCAGGGAAGGCAGCACCACACCAAGACUUUGUGAGCUCCCAGCAUAAAGCACACAGGAAUAUUUUGGUAAAGACAAUUUAAUUAAUCCCAAACUUUGCCAGUGCAGUCAAGUGGCCAGUGCUGGCUCAGUGCACUUUUACUGCUCCCCAGGCUGGAUUCAGGUAACCCAUUCCCAGCUUUGGGAGGUCCAAGCCCCCUUUGCUGCCCCAGCAGGUCCCUGGCACGUUGAUGACCAUCAACAGCUGGUGCCCUAUGGGGAGAAAAGGGAGAAAAAUCAGAGGAAAUGUUGCCACAAAGAGCCUCUUCUUUCAUUUUCUUUGGCAUCUUUUGUGUCUAAAGCUUCAUCUCAGCUGCUGCUGCUGACAUUCCCUCCCUCACACGAGUGUCAUGAGGAUUCACUGACAAAUGCUGGAAGCAGCCUUUGGAAGAUGAAAUGCUUCCAGUGUUAAACACUACUAUUUCUCCUGCUUGAUGGCCGUGUAUAGAUCUGUGUCUGCAGAGCGCCUGCCAAAUCAUUACUCAUUGCUGCCUUCUGCAUCCUCUGAAGCCCUUCCUGACAGAUGUGCCUUCUGCAGGCAAUCUUCUGCCCCAUGCUUUUUCUAAACACCAGCAAUUCUUGCAGCAGUUGCCUAAAAAGUACCUUUAAAUGCAUUGCCUGCUUUCAAAAGCCUUUUCUUAACAGCCCCUUGUGCUUUGCAAUUGCUGUGCUCUGAAUCCAGACCCUUGGAGGUCCAGAGCUGUGUUUCGUUUGCAGUCUCCACAUAGCAGGGAUGGUGCAACUGGUACAGCUGCAUCAGAAAUACUACCAGGGCAUGGAGGAUAGAUUUUAAAAGCACAAAAUGGAAACAGCUAUGUAUACAUCCUACUGCCCUUCAAAGCUAAUGUGGGAAUUUGCAAAAAAAAAAAAAAAAAAAAAAAAAAAAAAAAAAAAAGCCUGUUUUGGGAUACAGAAGGUUUUUAAUGACUCAGGUCACUGUUCCAGCAGCAGAAGCAUCCAAAGGGUGUCAGCAUUGAAAGCAGCAUUAGCAACUUGUGAUGAGCUUCAGACAGCAGCAAAAAGAAAGAAGGAAGCUCCCUGUUGGCUUGCUCCAUAGUCAAUGAGAGGGUUGGUUGUGGAGCCAUGAGACCACAAAAAUGCAAAUAGCAUUUUUAUUUAAACAACAAUUUCAAUGGAAUAGAGAAAGCCACACAAGAAAAGUCUUGCAGUGCUGCCGGGCUGAGCUGCAGAGCUCCUUGGGAGGAUGCAGUAGCUGGGCUGGCUGGGAGAAGGAGCAAUAACCAUGGCCAGGAAAGCACACACUGAAAUGCAGCACAGGCUGCCAAAGGCACUUGUUAAUGGUGCCCAGAGAAGCCGCACACGGCCUGGUUUGUGCGGGGCCGGAGCGGCGCUGCGGGAGCGCCCGGCGGGGCCAUCUGGCACUGCUGAGCCCCGGCCCUCCUGCACGGCCACAGCCCCACUGCCUGCCCACCAACACUCCAACUACAGCUCCCAGGAGUUCUGCACCGGAGUUAGCUCCUUGCCUUCAGCCAGCUUCCCUGGAUGGCCAGCCAGCCUGUCCCUCCAUGGAGGGGACAGAGCCUGCCUCCUCUAUCGAUGUGAUUUUGUUUCAUAGGACGCUGAAAGUGUUAAUGAGGGCGGUCUUUAAUGUACAUUGAAACAUAUCUGGUGGGUUUAAUCUAUCAUGGCAUGAGCCCAGUGCUUGCCUGCAAGGGAACAGACCUUGUUCUCAGUCCAGGAGUGCAGUCUCCAAGAGGUCAGGAUGUGACAUAGAGGAUGUCCUUUUGCCAGAAAUGCCCAUGUGCCCAGCCUCACUGUGCAGCUCAACAAGGCAGACAUCGCCCCUGGGGGAUUUGCAGUCAGUGCUGGGAAGGGGACCAGCCCUGCACUGUUAGCUUGUGUGACAUGUCCCAAGCCUUUUGUGGUCACAAAGUCUCCUGGAGCCAGGGAGAGUUGCUGAGUUCCUGGAAGAAGGCUGACCAUCUGUCAAGUCAAUUAGAGAAGCUUAGUUCCAGUGUGCUUGGGUGUUUUCAUGGUUUGUCUUCAGGCUUCCCACCAAAAACUCCACACCCAUUUCCAAGGAGACUGAAGCACUCAUUAGUGAUCUGACACUGGACAUGUCAAGGUCAGUAGAAGUGGUGUUACUGAGCAUCACCCUGGGCACCCAGACCCAUCACUCACUUGCAUCUCCAGUGCACACACGAGAAAGCAGAGCCGUGGUUCAAGUGGCACAAAAUUGCAGAUCACUGUCUCACCUCCACCUCCCUGCAGGAGAAAGCAGGCAAACAGACCCCAAGGCUCUGAGACUCCAGGUACUGUGUCACUCCUGAGCUCCAGCACUGACACAGGGUAAUUGAUGCUGACAGCUAUAGAUACAUGACCUAUAUAGUUAUACUGAGAAUGGGGCUAUGGGAAGGGACUUUGCACAGGAGCACUGAUGCCCCAACAAGCAGCCUGUGGGAUCUUUAUUUGUGUGCAAACACAAACAAGGGCAGCUCUUAAACACCAAUGCCUUAGUGAGAGGAGGACCAAAGCCUCCAGCUGGCACCCUGCAGGCAGAGGGAAAGGGAGCUGGAUUCAGGAAACAGCCCCAUCUCCCCAGGAGGGCAGCUCUGUUCAUGGACACUGGGUGCAGUAGGCACAGGGAGGAGAGACCAGGAGAGGAGGUAGAGGGGCUGGGAGCUGCCUGGAUGCUCACUGCCCGGGCCCUUUUCCACCCAGUGUCCUGGAAAUUAAGACCCAGUCCUGACUGCAGUGCAGGCAAGCAGCUCCAGAGCUAAAGCUGCUGCUCCGGGUGGGGAGAAGAGAUCAUGGCAGGUAAAACACCAUUUUCAGCAGUGCCUGAGUCUCACCAGCUUUUCCAGUGCUGGAUCAACCCGGUGGUGCUGGGCAAGCAGACAGGAUUGUUUAAGCACUAGCCAUGGCCCUCUUAAUUAUCCCAGUCCCUAAUUUGUGCUCCUGAGCCCUGUUCCCCCACCUCCUUUUUCCCACUUCAGCUCGACAAGGGAAGAGUGACCAUCACCCUGCUGCCUCUGGGCUCCUGCUCCCCAGCACAUUCCCAGAGGAUCACCGGAGGCCGUCACCAUUUUCCUUUUGCUGGUUCCCGCUGAAUCAUUUCUCCUGCAUGUUUGAUGGCCCAAACUGUAUUAACUGUAAUUUUGUACGAAGAGUGACUGUCCAUUGGUUUAAUAGAGCAUUAGUUAUUGUAAUAAUUUAUUGGCUGUUGGUAAUGUAUUUAUUAGUUACAAAAUGUUAAUAAAGUGCCAGCUCUUUUCUAGUGUGA